AUGGCGAACGUAGAGUUUGGCACGGGUAAAACAGUGGUUAUUUUGUCAAUAGUCGCUGCUUGCUUCGCUGUAUUAUGGCCAAAAAUAUUUUACCCAAUGCUAACCAGUAUGGGAAAAAAAAAUUCGGAUUAUGAUUCUGGAUGUUGUGAUGUUUUAUUUGAUAAUGAUAUCAACGCAUUGAAAAUAAUAAAUGAAAUGUGCGGUACUAUAUUAAACCGCCAUGAAAAAUUUCAUUCGAAAUUAUCCCAAACUUUCGAACAAGGGAAAUUGAAUAAGGAAAUAAUAACAAUGUGUAGAAAUGAAGUAAUGAAUAUGUGCGGCAUCGAUAUUGCUGAAUUUUUAAAUAAAAAAGAAAAACUAGGGCAUUCUUAUAAGCAAAUGCUUGAUGAAAUAAGAUCCUUUAAUAUAUCAAUUUGCUUAAGGCAAAAUUUCGGUGUUAAUCCUGGAUUAUUAGGAGCACCAAGAAGAAUGAGAAUUUGGGGUACUUCGUAUCCAAGGCAUUUGAGACAAGAACGUCCGUUACAUUUUCGACCUGAAAUGCUUCACCCAGCCUUAAGAGAAAAAGGUAGAGCCAUUCCUCAAAGUCAUUCAGUGCCUAAAACUUCAUCAUCUGAAAAAGAUCAAUCUACGAGAACUUUACCCGUGUCAAGCAUGAGACCUCCAAUGGGGGGUGCAGGACAUGUGGUUCCACCCUCUAGAACUGGUGGAACGAUGAAUAUUAUAAUGCCUUUGUAUACUAUCGGAAUAGUAAUUUUUUUCAUGUACACAGUUAUGAAGGUGUUUAUGAAAAAAACAAAUGGCAGUAGUGAAAUGAAAGAUUUUACAUCGGAUCCAGAAUUUCGAAGAGUUGUAUUUUCCGAUGAUUACACCAAUGGUUUACCGUCAAAAAUCGAAGAAAGUAUAAGUGAUUCGUCAGAAAAGCAAAAAAACGUCGCACCCCAAAUUUGGAAAUCACCAGUUGACGAUUCAACUAGAUUAGGAAAUAAUGAAAAUGAUCAUUUGAAAAAAAGACUCGAAGAAACGGAAAAAGCCAUGGAAAGGAUAGUAGCGACAAUGGAAACGAUUCCUGAUAAACUAGCUUGCAGCAUGAAAAUUAGUCGAUUAUUUACAACAAUAAAUAUAAUGUCUGCCAUCACAGGGUUAUUAACUGAAGUGGAUCAGCAUCUUAAAGUGAAGGGGGAUACUCAGACUCAGUAUAGUACAGAGUACAAGGGUAAAAAAGAUGAGCCACAAGACACAGAAACGGAAUCUUCAAAAAAAAUACAGGAGCAGACGAAAAAAGAUGAUGAUUUCGAUAUUGAUUCUACAAGGGUAAAAAGCGAUUUAGAAGGAGAGGAAGAAUUCGAUGAAACGAAGCCGAAAGUCAAAGUGAUGGGAUUAGAAAUGAUAGCAAAAUGCGAAGGAGGUCAAAAGUGGAGUAGGCCGGCAACGCCGAAUUUGGGAGUCGGCUCUCAUAACAAACCUUCAACUCCCAUUCAACCUCCUCAAGAUCCUGAACCACAAAAUAUAUUUUUAGAAGGAGCCUUACCUCAACAAUCUCAACUUCUUGUAAGCGAUUCCAAAACUCAGGCUCUUACAAUUGAAAACGACGAUGAUUUAGACUCGCCCGUCAUACUUAGCAGCAAAAUGACAUUAUCAUUGAUAAGUUUAGAUUCACCUGUGGAAGAUGAAAAAAAACAACAAGAUUUAUCUCAGAAAACAGAAGAUGAAAAUUUAUUUAGCGCGGAUUCGACUUUACUAAAUGAAUUGUUAGAUGGAAGUGGACGGGAUUUGGAAGAAGAUGAAGAAGGAUUUAAAGAAUCAAAAUUAUUAAAAAAUGAUUCAGAAGAAGAUUUAUCGAAAAAUUACGUCACAGCUUCAAUGAGUGGAUUAAUAAAUAGCGAUCAAGGUGUGGAUUUAGAAGAUACAUCAGUCGAUAUGUCUGUAUUAGAAUCUUCAGAAUGGCCUGAAGAUCGAGAAGAUGAAAAUUCUCAUUUGCCGAAUGGCAGCGAUUUAGAAAAUCAACAAAGGGAAGAUUUACAAUGA